AUGUACAGACAGCCCCUCGCGCGCCGUCGUCGUGCUCUCCCCGAAGAGCAAGAUGAGCCGAUAGACGUUCCGAAUGCAAUCCCGUCGAUGCCGGUUCGAGUUACCGUAAGUCCCCCGGGCACCCCGAUCCCUCGGCCAAUGAUCCUUCUCCAUUUCCAGGGCCACGGUCGACUUGAAGCCGGCGGAGCAAUCGAUUCAAUUGCCGCGAGCAACUGUCUUCUCGUUGUGCAAUGCUACGAACCCAUCGAAAUUCUGACGGGAAUUGAGACACCGAAUAAAUAUGUCAUUCAUGAUAUGUACUUGAGGCCGGUAUGUUUUAGAGUUUAGAAACGUUUAUAUCACGGUCUCCAGAGCUGACAAUAUGGGCGUGGCCUCGGCCAAAUGA